AUGUCCUUCAACCUCCCGCCCCCGGCCUCACCGGCAACCUCCGGCCUCGACUUCGCCGACAAGCCCUACGACGUCUCUCGCAUCGACCCUCUAGCCCGCUUCCACGAGAAUGUAGCCCAAGUCCGGCGCUGGAUCGAGGACAACCUCUCCAACUUCUCCCACCUGAACGAAAUCAUCGUCCUCCGGCUCGGCUCCGACACACUCCCCCACCAGCCCCUCACCAUCGACGCAACGACCGCGCCGCCCGUCCUCUCCACCGCCGUCCCCUCUACCGCCCACAGGUCCAUAACCAUCCUGCCAGAGUACAUCCUCGACGCCGUCGAGGGGCGCAUGCACAGCCAGCACGCCUUCGCGAAGCGCGCCACGCCGCCCACCCUCGGCGCCAUACCCUCCUGUUUCGCGCCCGCCGGCGUCCCGGGGCCUUGCACGGCUGCCGAGGACCCCGAGACGCUGCCGAAGCCGACGGAGGACGUGGCACAGCUGAAGAGCGAUCUGGCGAAAUGGGGGUAUGCCAUCUGCGCGAAUGCGCUGAGCGCCGAGCAGGUGCAGAUCAUCCGGACCGCGGUAGAGGAGCAGGCCGAGGCGGAGAGGCUGGUCGGGGUAGGACACUUGGAUACCGCGCACAAGAAGGCGGGGGAUCAGCCGAAUCAGCGGGUUUGGAACCUCCCCAACAAAGGCGACGAGUUCCUCGACCUGCUCAACCACCCGCUCAUCGACGCCGUCAUGCCGUGGUUCCUGGGCGGCAACUUCAGCCUCUUCACCAUGUCGGCCAACAUCGCGCGGCCCGGCACGUCGGGCAUCUACAUGCACCGCGACCAGAUGGUCAUGUCGCCGGACACGACGGCCCACGCGUACGUGCUCAACGCCAUGUGGUAUCUGACCGACGUGUCCGAGGAGAAGGGCGCCACCCGGGUGUAUCCGGGGAGUCAUGUGAUGAACGUGUUGCCGGCUGAUAUGAAUCACGUCGGCACAUCAAUCCCCGCCGCAGCACCGGCAGGCUCCUGUCUGCUCCUCGACAGCAGGACCUGGCACUCGACGGGCGUCAACACGACCGACGAGCCGCGGCCGGUGAUCCUGCAGUCGUUUUGCCGCUUCUUUGUCCGGCAGAUCGAGAACUACCAGGCCAUCCUGAGCGACGAGGUCAAGGCCAAGCUGUCGGAGCGCCAGCGGGCGCUGUUGGGUUUGCCGAGCAUGAAGCCCGGUGGCAAGGGACAGGGGUUUGCGUCAUACAACUGGCCGGGCACGCAGGUUGGGAGGAUGAGGGCCGCUGUCGGGAAGGAAUAG